UAAAUUGCAUGUCAUAUAUACCUAUUUGUUUUGAUGUAGCAACAAAGAGCUUUAAACAAAAACCCUGAUCAGUAGACUACCAGCAAUUCGAGUAGACGUUGCAAAAUUGUACAGAAGAUGAAAAUGUGCGGCUUGUAUUAACACGAACCUACCUCACGUGCACUCACGCUUCUGAAGCCGAUCGUUGCAACAUCCUCGUCUCUUGUAAUAUUUACUCUGACCACUGAACAGCGGUAGUUUUCGCUUUCAAAGCGUCGGGUCAGAUUGUUUACCGUUUUAGCUGUAUCUACUAAAUGUCUGCGAAGAUAACUAUUGACAUAUUCUAUUGCGUGCUGCAAUUGAAUGCUGUAGCGUUUCUCGUCAGUCUCGCUGAGCCUCAAUGCAGUCCUCAAAUCAUCGUUGACCACGGGAAUAUCAUCUCUGAAUUAAACCAGGAACAUGGAAUUUGCAGGGACGGGCAAUUCGAGUGUCGAAACGGUGAGUGCAUCGAGGAUCAAUUUCUGUGCGACGGAACAGCCGACUGUUCGGACCAGAGCGACGAGACUCGGUCCGAAUGCUCGAAGCCAGAACUGACUUGCCCGGAGUCGGCAUUCCGCUGCGAUUACGGUGCCUGCGUCAACCAGGAUACGGUUUGCAACGGCGUCAAGGAUUGCCUCGACAACAGCGACGAACUCCUUGAGGAGUGUCCGAAACCUCCAUCGCGGCGCAGGCGUCCGGUUUACUUGAGAAUUGAUGACUUAGAAAACUAUCGAGAUAUAACGCCAACGGGUGGUGAGGCUCUGUACGAAAUCAGGGAUCAAACGAGAGGAAGACCGCCGCCGUUACUCAUAGGCCACAUACGUCCGAGGCCAUCGAAACCGUCAACAGCGCUGACCCCCUUCAGCGAUUUAGAUCCAUUGAUACUACUGAUGUACUCGUUCUGCAUUGUGCCGUCGCAGCCCCUAAAUGGACGAUGGAGGCUUCAUAGAAGAUUUUGUCAGGGCGACGAAGACUGCGACAUUCCUCAGGGUGUCACGUUGAAGCCUGGUAGCCAGCUGGUAUACUCAUGUGCUGCAGGUUUUAGAGCCAAGGGAAACACCGACGUUUAUUGUGGAUCCAGAGGAAAGUGGUCGCGAAUUCCCGUUUGCAUAGCUAGCACAUGCACUCCCUUGAACUCGAUUUCAAGGGCAGCUACUUGUUCCCGUUUUGGGGAGCGCGUCAGCUGCCUGGCCCCCAUUCUUCCACUCACAACAGCGACGGUUACGUGCCGAUUGAAUUAUGGAUUGGAAUCGAAUCCCGUGCCGACCCUCGUUGAACAGGAUGUCGAAUGCAGUUUGGACGGAAGAUGGGAGCCAGAGCCCAUAACGUGCCGUCCAAUUUGCGGUUUGGAAAAUCGUUCUGGACAGAAACAGGUAACAGUUAACGGGGUUCCUGUAGAAGCUGGGGGUUUUCCUUGGCACGCGAAUCUUUGGAAAGAAAUCACCUCUCCCAGAGGACCCGAGCUCGAGUUCCGAUGCAGUGCGACCAUUGUUCAGUCCAACUUCGUGCUGACCGCAGCUCACUGUGUCCUCGAUGAAACAUCAGGGGCACCCGAAAACCCUGCGCGUCUUCGGGUCACCGCGGGAAAUGUUUAUCGGGAUCCAAAUGAUAUCACAAACAUUCCAUGGAUCGUUCAGAAGGUAAAAAACGUGUACAGAUAUUGCGAGUACUUCGGCCUGGUGCACAGUUACGCCUCGGACAUAGCGCUGAUCGAGCUGUCACAGCCCUUCGAAUUAUCGACUGUAGUUCUUCCCGCUUGUCUAGACAUCUCGAGCCAUAGUGAAGAAGCUUUCCGAAAUGGUGUUAUAGGAAAGAUUGAUGGAUUCGGUAGAAACUCUAUUAAAGAGUCUAGCCCGAUACUUCAAACUCUGAAAGUCACUCAUGUGUCCAACAACGAGUGCAAAAUGUCGUAUAGUGGAUAUGGAGGCGAAGUGGUAAUCAACAAUGACGAGUUUUGCGGUAUUUAUUCAAACGAAACGACUGUCUGUGACUGGGACACGGGGGGUGGGUUGGUGGUGCGAAAAGACGGACUAUGGCACCUGAUGGGAAUUUACAGCGUGGGUCUUCGCCCUACUUCGGUGCCAACAACCGGCACAAAUUGUCAUGACAAUCCGUACUCAGUGUAUACCAAGAUCUCCGCCUACGCAGCGUGGAUUCAAGACGUUUUCUUUCAAUUGGAGCGAUACAAAUCUUACCCUGUGUGCAGUUUCUACAUUCCAUCAGUACUAACGACCACUGCACCGUCGACUGUACCACCGUUCGUUACGUGGAACGCUACAUGGGGUAUGACCACUACUUCAACGCCAACGCCAACGCCACCACCCACGACCACGACGACGACGACGACAACGACGACCACCACCACCACUCCGAAGCCCUUCAAUAUACCAAUGCCGGAAAAUGUAGAAGACAUAUCCUGUCUGGUACCACCGCAGCCUGCCAAUGGAGAAUGGAGGCUUCUCUGCGAGGAGAACAAGAACUGCAGUAUUCCUGAGGGUGCUGCUCUGGCACCCGGAAGUCAGCUGGUAUACAGUUGCCUAAAUGGAUUUCGAAUCAAGGGUAGUCCUGACGUUUUUUGCGGACGGCAAGGACGCUGGUCAGCUAUACCCACUUGCAUUGAGAUCACCUGCCCCUCUCUGGAGUCUGUUUCAAGGAUGGUGACUUGCUAUCGAUUGAAUAGUUGGACGCCGUGUGGUUCUUCAGUUCUACCAAACACCUCGGCUUCACUCUCGUGUCGCCCUGCUUUCAAGGAGGAUCCGAGUCUAUCGAAGAUUGGCAGUAAAACUGUGAAGUGCAAUAUGAUCGGCGAGUGGGAGCCCAACCCGAUUACCUGCAUUCCAGUGUGUGGAAUACCAAACACCCGAUUGACUCCGACCGUAGUGAACGGCACAUCGGCUGAUAUCACACAAUUUCCAUGGCACGCGACAUUGUACAAACAAGAAAUACCGUUUCAGGAUCCUAAAAAGUACCAGUGCGGUGCCACGAUAAUCCAGAACAAUCUUCUACUGACCGCCGCUCAUUGCGUUUAUGAUGAAACAUAUAAGACGGUUCAGAAGUCUGAAAAGUUUCACGUGGUCACCGGAAACAAGUUCCGGGAUUAUGACUCUAAGAAUCACGAUCAGAGGAUAGUUCAGAAAGCAAUGGUGAAAAACAUCUAUGUCCCUUGCGAGUACUCUGGACGCGCGGGCAAUUACGAUUCCGACAUCGCGAUCCUGGAGUUGCGCGAGCCGUUUCAGCUGUCCGGUAUCGUAAUCCCGGCUUGUAUGGAUAUCUUGGAUAACAACGAUCAGUUGCUGGAAACCGGCUCAGUCGGAAGAUUUGCUGGAUUUGGUAGAACAGAAAGUGGCUUGUCAAGCGCGAUUCUCUUGACUACGAACAUCCCCUACGUAUCGUAUAGCGAAUGUAGAAUGUCCGCCGUUACUGAGGAUAACAAAGUGCUUAUUGGAAGGGACAAGUUCUGUGGCGGGAAUCGAGACGGGACGGGAUCUGUUUGCCAAGGAGACAGCGGUGGUGGUCUGGUAUUUCAGAGUGAUGGAAUGUGGAGUGUCAUGGGAAUUUUGAGUGUCAAUUUAGAGGCAGAUACGUCGAACGGAGAGAAAACCUGCGACGCUAAAGCUUACUCCCUUUACACCAAGGUUUCCUCUCACAUGGCGUGGAUUCGGAAUGUCAUGACUCACCUAGAGCGCGACAAAACUUACCCGUCGUGCGAAUUGUCUGCGACGAUGACGGUGAAGAUAUUCUAUUUCGCCCUGCAUUUAAAUGCAGCGUUUCUCCUCAGCUUUGCAAGGCCUGAUUGCAUUACCAAAAUCGCCGUCGCCAAGAGCAAGGCCCUGGUUGAGGUCGUCGACGUUCAGAAGAUUUGCGAGGACGGCCAAUUUGAGUGUCGAAACGGUGAGUGCAUCGAGGAUCAAUAUCUGUGCGACGGAACAGCCGACUGUUCGGACCAGAGCGACGAGACUCGGUCCGAAUGCUCGAAGCCAGAACGGAUUUGUUCGAAGUCGGCAUUCCGCUGCGAUUACGGUGCCUGCGUCAACCAGGAUACGGUUUGCAACGGCGUCAAGGAUUGCCUCGACAACAGCGACGAACUCCUUGCGGAGUGUCCGAAACCUUCGCAGAAACGCGAGUUGUUAAUUCACGUGAGAAUUGAUGACGAGGCGGAAAAUCAUUACGUCGAACAGCCUGAAACUUUGCCUGGCAAAAAAGAAACAAAGCCAACGCGUCGUAAGGUUAUAUACAAAGUCAGGCGUCCAAUGAUGAACAGGGUGCCGGCAAUUGCAUCCGACAGCGGGGAUUCGAAACCAUUGACACCGUCGACAUCGCUGGGAGUUUCAACGAUCAGGACAUUGAAUUACUCGUCCUGCAUUGUGCCGGCGCAGCCUCCGAACGGGCAGUGGCGGCUUCAUCGUGAUUUUUGCCCGGGCAACGAAGACUGCGAUAUUCCUCAGAGUAUCGCGUUGAGGCUUGGUAGCCGGCUGGUAUAUUCGUGUGAUACAGAUUUCGGAGUCAGAGGAAGCGCCGACGUUUAUUGUGGAGCCGGAGGAAAUUGGUCACCGAUUCCCGAGUGCAUCGUCACCACAUGCACACCAUUGAACACAGUUUCAAGGGCGGCUACUUGUUCCCGUCUUGGGAAGCGCGUCAGCUGUCAGAACUCCAUUUUGCCCCGUACAAAGGCGAAGGUUACGUGCCGGGUAAAUUAUGGACUGGAAUCGAACCCAGUGCCGACCGUUGUUGAACAAGAUGUUGAGUGCAAUCAGAACGGAAGGUGGGAGCCGGAGCCAAUUACAUGCCGCCCAAUUUGCGGACUGGAUGAUCGUUCCGGUCGGAAGCAGGAGACAGUAAACGGUAUCUCUGUAGAAACUGGGGGUUUUCCUUGGCACGCCAAUCUUUGGACGGAAAUCAGCUCCGAAGGGAGAGUCCAGCACGCAUUCCGGUGUAGUGCGACCAUUAUUCGGCCCAACUUCGUGCUGACCGCAGCUCACUGUGUUUUGGAAAGAACAUCAGGGGCAUCCGAAAACCUUGGGCGUCUUCGAGUCACUGCGGGAAAUGUUUAUCGGGAUCUGAGUGAUCUCCACAGCGUUUCGUGGAUCGUUCACAAGGUGAAAAAUGUGUACAGAAAUUGCGAGAACUCCAACCUUUUGCCCAACGAUACCUCGGACAUAGCGCUGAUCGAGUUGUCGGAGCCAUUUCAGUUCGCGACUAAAAUACUUCCCGUUUGUCUGGACGACUCGAGGCAAAGUGAACUAGUUUUCGAAUCCGGCGUCCCAGGAAAGAUCGAUGGAUUCGGUAUAAAUUCCGUCACAGCAUCUCGCCCGAUACUUCAAACUGUAGAAGUCAGUCAUGUGUCAAACAGCGAGUGUAGAACGCCGUACAACGACUCUGGGAUUCAAGUGAUAAUAAAGAAUGAUGAAUUAUGCGGUGCUUAUUCUAACGAAACGACUGUGUGUGACUGGGAUACUGGGGGUGGGUUGGUGGUGCAAAAGAACGGACUGUGGCACCUCGUAGGGAUCUAUAGUGUGGGCUUUCACUCUAGUUUGGUGGAUUCAACCAGCACGAACUGUGGUGAAAAUCCCUACUCGCUGUACACCAAGAUAUCUGCCUACAUACCGUGGAUCGAAGACGUUUUCUUCAAGUUGGAGCGAUACAAGUCUUACCCUGUGUGCAGUUUCUACAUCCCACCGCGGAUUCAACUAUCGCAGAACACCACUUAUCCCAUAACACCCGUCCAAUCAUCGCCAAAUUUAGCCGAUCCCAUAACACCAUUCCAGUUAUCGCCAAACGGAGCCAAUCCCAUAACAUCAUUCCGAUUAUCGCCAAAUGGAGCCAAUCCCAUAACACCGUUCCAAUCAUCGCCAAAUGUAGCCAAUCCCAUAACACCAGUCAUAUCAUCGCCAAAUGGAGCCAAUCCCAUAACACCGUUCCAAUCAUCGCCAAAUGUAGCCAAUCCCAUAACACCAGUCACAUCAUCGCUAAAUGGAGCAAAUCCCAUAACACCGUUCCAAUCAUCGCCAAAUGUAGCCAAUCCCAUAACACCAGUAACAUCAUCGCUAAAUGGAGCAAAUCCCAUAACACCGUUCCAAUCAUCGCCAAAUGUAGCCAAUCCCAUAACACCGGUCCAAUCAUCGCCAAAUGUAGCCAAUCCCAUAACACCGGUCGAGCCGUCGCCGUCGCCAGCAAAGUCGCCGAUGAUGAUGAUGAUGCCAACUCCUGAUUUGGUUGAAAUGCAAAUGCCGCUAAGUGCACCAAGCGUACCCUGUGUGAUACCACCACAGCCUACCAAUGGGAAAUUUAGGAUUGAUCCAGCUCUCUGCAAUGGAAAAACCGAUUGCAGCCUUCCUGAGAGUGCUGCACUGGGACCCGGAAGUCAGCUGGUAUACAGUUGCUUACCUGGGUUUCGAAUCAACGGGAGUUCAAACGUCUUCUGCGGAUUGAACGGAAACUGGUCAGCAAUCCCAUCCUGCAUUGAGAUCACCUGCCCCUCGCUGGAUUCUGCAUCGACGAUAGUGACUUGCUAUCGGUCGAAUAGUUAUACACCGUGCAACUCUUCAGCGUUACCAUAUACCACGGCCUCACUCAUAUGUCGACCUGCUUAUACUGAAGAUCCGAGUCUUGCAAAAGCUGGCAGUAAAUUUGUGAGAUGUAAUGCGAACGGCGAGUGGGAGCCCAACCCUAUAAGUUGCCUUCCAAUGUGCGGAAUACCGAAUACUCAGUUCACCCCCACCGUGUUGAGUGGAGUCCCCGCUGAUAUCUCACAAUUCCCGUGGCACGCGACGUUGUACAAGCAAGAGAAGCGGCCCGAAGGUCCAAAGAUGUUUCAGUGUGGCGGAACGAUAAUCCAAAACAACCUUGUGCUCACCGCCGCUCAUUGUGUUUAUGACGACCAAUUCAAGACGGUUGAAUUGGCUGAAAAUUUUUACGUGAUUACGGGAAACAAAUUCCGAGAUUACGACUCUCCGCUUCACGAUCAACGGGUUGUACAGAAAGCUGCGGUGAAAAGCAUCCACAUCCCUUGCGAGUAUUUUGGCUUGAACGGUAAUUACAAUUCUGACAUCGCGAUCCUCGAGUUGCGGGAGUCAUUUCAGCUCUCCGCAAUCUUAAUCCCGGCCUGUAUGGAUGUCGUUGGUAACAACGAGCAAUUGCUUGAGCCUGGCACGACUGCAAGAAUAGCUGGAUUUGGUGGAACAGAAACUGGCUUGUCGAGCGCAACCCUCUUGACCACGAACAUCUCCUACGUAUCUUACAGCGAGUGCAAAAUGUCCGUUGGUACCCAGGAAGACGUGGGGCUUAUAUCGAACGAUAAGUUCUGCGGCAAAGGCCGAAACGGGGCGGCCGUUUGCCAAGGAGACAGCGGCGGUGGUCUGGUGUUUCAGAGUGACGGAAAGUGGCACGUCAUGGGAGUUUUGAGCGUCAAUUUAGGGGCGAGUACGUUGAAUGGCCAGAAAACCUGCAUACCUAACUCUUACGCCCUCUACACCAAGGUUCUCACCCACAUGCCGUGGAUUCGGAGCGUGAUGACCAGUUUACAAACAUACGAGACUUACUCGUCGUGUGGAUCUGGUCGAUGCUAUCAAAAGCCAUAUUCGGAAUGCGGAAUAUCUGACAGUAUCAAGGACAGCUCGGGGCUCACAACAAAAGACAAGUUUUGCGUCGGAGGCCAAAGUGGUAGUAAAAAAUUGUUUCUUGUUUGUAAUCGAGCUAAAUCUAAAUGCAAUUUCAGGGAUGACCGUUUGCCAUUGAGCGUCACUUACGGGUUACAACUAAUAAUUGAAUGUGAAGUUAUAAUGACGGCGAUAUUCGCUGUUAAACGUGCCGCAGUUUUGACUUUCAUUUGUGUUCUCUUCGCAUCCGAUAAUGCUCAAGAAGUCGUUGGAAAUUCGCUACCGAACGAUGUCAUCGAAAAGAAUCGCGGUGGUGUAGUCAAUUAUACGACUACCGUCGAGUCGGCCAUCCGUUCUAAAAGAGACACGGAAACAGGAGGUCUAAGACGGCCAUCGCCUUGCCUGGUACCACCGCAACCAAGUAAUGGUCAGUGGAAGCUUCAUCGAACACUCUGUGACAGCAACAGGGAAUGCGACGUUCCUCAAGGUCUUCAACUCGAGCCUGGUAGCCAGCUGAUUUAUACCUGCAGACCCAACUACAGGAUAAAUGGGAACGCUGCCGUGUUCUGCGGAGUCAAGGGAACGUGGUCUGAAAUUCCCGAAUGUAUCGAGAUAAAAUGCAACGCUUUGAACUCCCCGUCGACGACGGCUUCGUGCUAUCAUUUGGGCAAGUUGGUGAGCUGCGACUCUGCGGUGUCCCCGGGUAUACGAGCCCAAGUAUCUUGUCGUCAGGGAUACAGGACGGAUACGACUUCCUUAACGAGUCGCAGAGAGAUCAUCUUGUGCACUUCGAACGGAACGUGGGAACCGGACCCCAUAAGAUGCAUACCAAUUUGUGGCGUUGCAAUACCCAACCACACCCCAUUAGUACACAAGGGAGAAAAGGCGUCCGUCGGCGACUUUCCAUGGCACGCAACCCUUUACAAGGAGAGGAACAUGCGGCAAGGGCUCAAAAAGGAGUUUCACUGUGGCGCGACGAUUAUUCAUACCAACCUGGUGAUGACGGCUGCUCAUUGCAUCUACAAUGAGAACAGUAAGACUACGGAGGACCCGGAGAAACUCUUCCUCCUCACUGGAAAUACGUUCCGCGAUUAUGAUUCCCCGCUGCAUGAUCGCAAAAUCGUUCGACAGGCUGAGGUGAAAAAUGUUUACGCACAUUGCCAGUAUUACGGACUGAAUGGAAACUACGCAACCGACAUCGCGCUGCUGGAACUUAAGCAGCCAUUCGAAUUGUCCAGCAUUCUUCAGCCCGCUUGUUUAGACCUUUCUGGGUACAGUGAGCAGACACUGGAGCCUGGUGUUUCCGGAAAAGUUGCCGGUUUCGGUAGGACUGCCGCAGGCGAGACGAGUGCCGUUCUGCAGACUCUGACGCUACCUUACAUAUCGUACAAUCAGUGCAAGUCUUCGAAGUACAAUGCUGAAGCUGAGGUCUUCAUCAGCAAUGAUAAAUUCUGCGCCGGUUAUACAAAUGGAUCGGCUGUGUGUGAGGGUGACAGUGGGGGUGGAUUGGUGUUUCAGAAAAAUGACUUGUGGUACGUUAUGGGGAUCGUCAGCGUUGGUCUCGGCGUAGACAUCAGCAAUGGAGAAAGAACGUGCGACAAAUAUUCUUACUCGCUUUACACCAAAGUCUCGACUUACAUGUCGUGGAUUCAAGACGUGAUUUUCCAUUUGGAGCGAUACAAGUCUUACCAGGGAUGCGGUUCCUACGUUUCGCCACUACCAACGCCCGACGGAUCGCAUACUCCACGACCGUUUGUGACCCCAACUCCGACGCCGAGCACUUCCACUUCUAGAACUUGGCCGACGCCGGCGACAACGACAAAGACGAGCACUAUGGACCCCACUGACUUCCGAAUACCGCCAGGAUCUUGUCGGGUACCACCCCAGCCUACCAAUGGCGAACGGAGACUUCAUCCGGCUCUCUGCGAGGCAAACGCGGAUUGCAGUCUUCUAGAGGGCGCAGCACUGGGACCUGGGAGUCAGCUGUUAUACAGCUGCAAACCUGGAUUUCGAAUGAAUGGCAGCCCUGAUGUUUUUUGUAGACUGCAGCUAGGAAAAUGGUCAGCGAUACCCACCUGCAUCGAAAUCACCUGCCCUUCACUGGACUCUACUUCGAUGACAACGACUUGUUAUAGACAGAAUCAAGGGACGCCGUGUGGUUCUACGGUGCUACCAAACACUACGGCUUCACUCGAAUGUCGACCGUCUUACGAGGUGGAUUCGACUCUUCAGAAGACGAGCAGCAAAACUGUGACGUGUAACUUGAACGGCGAAUGGGAGCCCGACCCGAUUACCUGCCUCCCAGUUCCAGUGUGCGGAAUAUUGAAUGCGCAGUCAACUCGAACCGUGGUAAAUGGAAACGUCGUCGAUCUCCCACAUUUUCCAUGGCACGCGAUGUUGUACAAGCAGAAAAAAACGUCCCAGCACCUCAAGGAGUUCGUGUGCGGUGCAACGAUAAUCCAAAACAACAUUUUGUUGACUGCCGCCCAUUGCGUUUAUAACGAUAUUUCGAAGACGGUUGAGUUACCUGAAAGGUUUCACGUGAUUAUUGGAAACAAGCUCCGCGAUUAUGACUCUCCGCUCCACGAUUCACGGAUCGUUCAGAAGGCUGCGGUGAAAAGCAUCCACAUCCCUUGCGAGUAUUCCGGCUUGAACGGUAAUUAUGGCUCCGACAUCGCGAUCAUCGAGUUACAGAAGCCGUUUCGACUGUCUGGUAUUUCAACUCCAGCAUGUAUGGAUGUCUUGGGUAUCAAAGAGCAGCUACUAAAAUCCGGCAUGGUGGGAAGACUGGCUGGAUUUCGUAGAACAGGAACCGGCCCGUCGACCGCAACUCUUGUGACUACAAACAACCCCUACAUAGCUCUCAGCGAGUGCAAAAUGUCCAAUAACAACGAAGACAACCUGGAGCUUACAGGGAACGACAAGUUCUGUGUUGGCAGCGGCAACGGAACGGACGCCUGCGAAGGAGACAGCGGGGGUGGUCUGGUGUUCGAAAACGACGGAAAGUGGUACGUCAUGGGAGUCUUGAGCACCUCUUUUAGGCCGUCGAGUGGAGAUGGAACCUGUAAUGGUAACGCUACCUCUCUUUACACCAAGGUUCCCUCCCACAUGUCAUGGAUUCGAAAAGUGAUGUCAAGUUUAGAACAACAUCAAUCCUUUCCACCGUGCAAACCUAAAGCCUGAUAAUCUCAUUUGUUCAUUGACCAUAUUUUAUCAUCAGUCACGUAAAAUAUUCUUGAAGCACGACAAAACUGGCUGUUGUGCAAGAUCAGGUAAGACAGGAACCAAAUACUCACUCGGAAGGUUGAAUGUUUGAAUAAUAUUUUGAGGGAGCAGAAUGCGCAAAUGUCUCAAAUCCCGAUCAAUAAACAAAUAUGAAUAAA